GCCCGUGAAUUUGUUUGCUUAAAAAUUCCGAAAGUGCUCAAAGUAGUAUAACAACUUAAUGGUGUAUUCAAAUGAAAAUUGUGGUUGGGUUGGCUUGGUUGCAUGCGACAUAAUAUAUAAAAGCGCAAAAAUAGGGAAAACCACAUCAUUUUGUUUCUUCUGCGCCAGCGACAUGUUGUCCUCUGUUGCACUACUUGUCGCCGCAGCUAUUCUGCUUAGCUCUUCUCUUGGAGAAGCUAAAACGAAAGCUGAAUGGGAGAAGAUCGAGGAGAUGGCAAUGACAACAUGCAUCAAGGAACUAAACCUGGAUAAGGAACUCGGACCGAACUUCAAUUAUGACAGCCUAGACAACUACACGAAAGUAGAGCAAGUGCCUCUGAACAUCCGAUGCUUAUUCAAAUGUAGCGAGGAGAAAUUUACUGGACAGAGCAUGACAGACAUGAAAAAAUAUCUUGAAAAAGGAAUGGAAUAUUACAAAGACUUGUUUAAAAACGAUAAUUGGUCGGCUUCAAAAAUAAAGGACUUUACUAAGGAAAUAGACAACUGUAAUGCAAGGGCCCUGAAAAACUACAACAACAACUGCGACAUAGCUACUGAUCUGUGUAUCUGUGAGAUUCAAGCUCUGAAAAAGUUUGAAAAAAUAAAAUGAUUUGCGAUUGACAACAAUAAAUAAAAUGCUACCUCCAUGCAAA